UCUCAGAUAGCAUGCUCUGGGUUCCUUCCUACACAUCAUUUUAACUGUUCCCAGGUAACCACUGUGCUGCCCAGGGUGGGACACAUGCACCCUAGAGUAAUUGCUGGGAGUUUACUACUCAUGUGAACAGCUUCAGCACAAGAGAGAGUUACAGAAAGAGCAAAGGUUUAGUUAAAUGCAUGCACUAGAGAUUUUAAUAACAAUCUUUUUUUUUCUUCAAAUCUAGGUGUUAAAAGAGAAGAGAUAUAAUAGAGGAGUAGACUGGUGGGCAUUAGGGAUCAUCGUAUCUAAAAUGGCAUGUGGGACCUCACCAUUCAUAGAGUACGGCAACAGUACAGAAUGCCGUUUAUCGAUUCUUCUUGAACAGCCAUGCAUUCUGAUAAGGUUCAGCCCUCAAUUGCAAGAUCUCCUGCGAAUGCUCCUGAAGAAAAAUCCGAAAGAACGACUGGGCUGCAAUGGAAAUAUUCGGGAACACCCAUUUUUUAAUGCCAUUGAUUGGGUGCAAAUAGAAAACCGGACUCUACCACCUCCUUCCCAGCCAAAAGCAGUAAGUACAUGACGACAUGUGUUUUGGUAUGCUACUGCUUAUGAAUAGGCACUUAUCUUGAAAUCUCUAGAUGUUUGUGU